GAGGCAUUCGAAGAAGCGGAGUGCGUCGGUUAUGAAUUCCCGGCCAGGAAAGCGAACGCUGUGAAGGCAUACUGCUGGAACGAAGCUCACGGCUGCGAGUACACGGGCACCAUGGAACGCAUGCUGGAGCACUUCGAGAAUGAGUGCACAUUUCACACCGUGGACUGUUUGCGAUGCGGCGAGGGAGUCCAGCACAGAGAACUGCCAACACACUACGUGAACGGGUGCAGUGCCGGUGUUUCUUCAGCGAUCACGGAGUCCUCGGAGCAUACAGCACUGACCCUUGCUCACGUGAACGCUGCCCUAGAAGACGUGAAGGCGAGGUUGGGAUGUCUCAACCAUGACCAGCUGCUGCCAGUGAUUCAGAGUCAGCUGAAUGAGCUUACAGAACACGCCAGAAACCAGGAAGCCAGGUUAGCUGGGAUCACUCGCGAGCUCGGAGCAUGCGAGAACAACUUAAAGAGCGAGAUGGCUCAAAUCGCCGCCACAAUUUCAUCGACCGUGUCCCACCAACUCACAUCUCAGCAAAAUCCAUUGGAGGAAGCCAGCACGUCGAGGUCGCUGUCGUUGCGCUCGGGACAGGAGCUGAUACUUCGAAAGUUGGAACGUUUAUCGCACCUGGAAAACUGGCGGCAAACUUCCCCGAAGCCUGAUUUCAGCCGUGUCAUUGCUCGUUGUAAGCCUUUCCGCGAUGGCGUGGAAAGUGCGCUGUCGACGCGCGCGUGGAUCAAAAAACUUCUGUGGGCGAUUUAUGAGCUGACCCUGGAAAACUGUGAGGAAUUCAUUGAGUGGCGGGGAGGCUUAAAACAGUUUGCCGAGAUUACGGUGUGGAACACGAGGGACACGUACUUCACGAUUGCCGUUUGGAAGGACUGCGCUACUCCUGCAUCUCCCCUCAUUGUGCACAUCGAGUUUAACGGGACGCUGGCGGACUCGAAGUGUUGGCCGGCUUACUGGACAGUGUACGCGGUGCAUCCAGUAACAUUCAAUCGACGUUCGUUGACUUCCGAAGCCAAGCCUUGUUACUGCAACCGCGAUGACCUCUCAUUGCCGCACUUCCACCUCCGAUUUGCUAAAGACAUUGCCUCGCUGGAAAACGACGGCUACCUCCGAGACGGAAAGAUGUUGUUCCUUAUCUCGCUCAGCAGUACAGGUACGGACGGUGGGAUCAGAGGAGCACCCUAACGUUCGUCGUCGCACAAUGUGCACUGCACCGGAGAAUCCUCCUCGCCACUUCACAUAAUGUGUCCCAUGAGCUUAGCGAAUUUUCGAACUCCUUUCUUAUAAAUAAAGUGGGCUCUGCGAUAUUUCUUUCUUAAAAUUUGCUAUCCUUUCUAACUGUCAACCUAUUGUUUUUAUUACUCUACUGACCGUUCAUUUUGUUUAUUUCUUGUGCUAAUACAGUUUUUCUUGCGAAACCUUGUGCUCCUAGAGUGGUUUCUGACCUUACGACGUUCGCCCCGAUACUUUUCUCUCGAUUAUUGCCGUGCGGCUGUUAAAGCGAUUGAUUUCAAGGCGACGUUCGUGUUUGAUACUACGCUGUAGUACCACGCAUUCUCCCGUGUGCGAAAUACGCGGCCAAUGUUAAUGCGUCGCAACGCAUUUAUUUAUUUAUCUAUUUAUUUAUUUAUUUAUUUAUUUAUUUAUUUAUUUAUUUAUUUAUUUAUUUAUUUAUUGUACCUUCAAGGCCCGAAGGCGUUGCAGAAGGCAGUGUAACAAAAUACAGAGCAUGUGCAGAUAACAGGGUAUAAUAAUAAAAGGUUAGAAAGUGCGGAUUAACAAAAGUAUUCUUCAGUAGUAGUUCUAAAAGCAGAUGUAUCGGUUAUGUUAACAAUUGAGGCCGGCAGAUCAUUCCAUUCAUUUAUAUUUUUAGGAAUAAAUGAAUAAAAAAAAAUUGGUUCGUGCGACAGUGUGGAACGCCCAAUUUAUUGCGAUGGUACGUCAGUACGAGAUGAUAUUUAUGCAGGUUCGGACAAAAGUUCACUUUUUAAUUCCGGAUUGUAAUACUAAAUUUUCUGCAGCAGUGAUAAGCGUGCUAGCUUCCUACAGGAUGAGAGGAGAGGGAGGUUUAACGUAGCCUUCAUCGAUGUUACGCUUGAUGUCCGAGAAUAGUUAUCAACAAUGAAACGUGGGCAACGAUGUUGUAUAGACUAUUGCAUUUGUUAAGUAAUCCAAGCCAGGGUCCCAUACAGAACAGGCACAUUCAAGUUUAGGGCGUAUUAGUCUUUUGUAUAGAAGUAGCCUUAAGUUAGCGGGUGCCGUAGAGAAAUUGCGACGGAGGUAAACAAGCGUACGGUUAGCUUUCUUAGUGAUGUGGUUUAUGUAUGUUAGCCAGGAAAAAUUAGAUGUUAUGUGGACACCUAAGUAUUUAUAGGAACUGACUUCUUCGAGUACACAGUUCUUCAAGUGAUAGUUGGAUAGGUUAGUCGAAGCAGUAUUGCGGAAAAUUCUCAUUUGUUUACACUUGUGGCUGUUAAGUCGCAUUUUCUAAGUGUCGCACCAGUUAGUUACCUUGUCUAGAUCAAAUUGUAGUUCCAGAGUGUCAGAAUUUGAUAUUACUCUGUAAAUGAAACAGUCGUCAGCAAAUAACCUUAUGGAGGACGCUACACAGUUAGGCAAAUCAUUAAUAUAAAUGAGAAAAAGCAAGCGUCCGAGAACAGAACCUUCCGGCACCCCGGAAUCGAAAGGACAAAGCGAAGAGUCAAAAUUGUUAGCUGAGACAAAUUGUGUUCUAUUGGAUAAGAAGUGUUAUGAUGGAUAAGAGUGUUAGAUGAGAACACUUCGGUAUUUUUCAAAAGCUUAGAAUUAAUAUCGUCUAUUCCUGCCGAUGACGAAAUCUGUAACUUACGAAUCUAGUUCACGACACUAUCGUAAUCAAUAACUAAGGGCUCCAUCUGAGGAAAAUUCAUCUUAACAACUUAGGUAGAGAAGCACAGGGCAACACGUUAUUCAAAAAUAAUUUAGAAAGCACUGCAUUGAGUGCAGAACAACAUUCUUCUUGCGGAACAACAGCACCAUCUACAUCAGUUAACGAUAUUGUGUUACAUUCGAAACCCUUGACAGUUUUCCAAAUUUUUUUAGUAUUUUCAGUCAGCAGAGAUGGAAGUUGUGGGGAUGCGCGACUCUCGCGCGUCCCCUGAUAUGUUUUUCCCGCAUAGCGCGUCUCCUGUAAUCCGGCUUCGCCGC